AUGUCCGCCGUGACGCAGUCGCCGGCGGCGUCCGCGUGGGCCGCCGCCGGGUUGGCCGCGUUCCCUUUCCUCUUCUUCGUGAGCGCGCCCUACGGUAAGCUCGCGCGCGACGGCUGGGGCGCGCCCAUCGACGGUCGCCUCGGAUGGUUCCUGCAGGAGCUGCCCUCGCCGUUGGCGCUGAUUCGCGCGUUGAUGGUCCACCACCGCGCCGAUGACCCGUCGUCGUCGUGCGGCGCGGGGGGAUGGACGGCGGACGACGGCGCGCCGUCGAUGGCGCUCGUGGCGGCGGCGCUGUGGUGCGCGCACUACGCCAACCGCGCGGUGCGGUACCCGCUCACCCGACGCAUGUCGCCCACCACCUUCCCCGUCGUCCUCUCAGCCGUGGCGUUCAACGUGGUGAACGGGACGGUGUGCGGGUCGGAGCUGGCGCGGCGCGGAUGCGAGGCGUUCGGCGCUCGAAACGUCCCGGGGCUCGCGCUCAUGCUCCUCGGCGUCGUCAUCAACGUCACCGCCGACGAGCAUCUCCGCGCGCUCCGAGCAGGGAAGAAGGACGGCGGCGGCGAAGGGGGGAGGAGGAGGAGACACAAGAUGGGAAAAGACGGGAAAAGCGGACAACAACACGCGAUGCCCGCGGGCGGACUCUUCGAUCGAUGCGUCUGCCCGCACUACCUCGGCGAGUUAAUCGAGUGGUGCGGGUUCGCGGCGAUGACGGGCACAGCGUCCGCGUGCGCCUUUGCGUUUUGGACCUUCGCAAACCUCUUCCCCAGGGCCACCGCUUACAGGGAGUGGUAUAGGGAAAGGUUUGGUGGCGCGACAGCUGUGUCGCGGUUACCCCCGCGGCGCGCGAUGAUCCCGUUCAUCGCGUCGUCGUGAGUCUUCGCGAUCGCGGCAAAGACGCGAGACGCGCGCCGAACGACGUCGAGCGUCGGUCAGCGCCCGUCGCACCGUCGAGGCUGGCUAUACUCGUAUGACACGAAGUUUUAGCUAGACUACGAACG